CCAUUACGCAAAUCGAUGCGCCAAUUUAGGGACGGACCUGCGCAGUAGCGGCAAGACGACAAAAUCAUUGUGGACGUGCCAGUGCCAAUUCCUCCUCCAAACUGCGCAGCUAAGCUCUCGAGCUCUCCGGCGACCGCGGCAUCGAGCUCUUCGUUCGUCGGCACGAGGAGGAGGGUCGUGGAAUUGGGUUUCUGUCACCGGAAGAAUCGCUGCUCGAAUUGGAGCAGGCGUUAGGUGCUGCACUCUCGCGCGAGGAUUCGGUGGUGAGAUUGGGCGAGCGCUCGAGUCCGCCGGGGAGAAUUGACUCGUCGGGUGGUGAUAGUUUUGGCUUGGUUGAAAGAGGGAUUGAGGGACAGGAUGGCGCUGAUGAUGGAGCCCGGUCGCACAGAGCCUCUCAAUGAAGAGGAAGACGCCGAUAUGGCUGCAAUUGAAGCCAUACGGGAGUCAGCUGUCACCGAGCUGAAGGACCAAGGGAAUGAUUUUGUUAAGAAGGGUAAGAAGCACUACAAGGAUGCGAUUGAUUGUUACACAAGAGCGAUUAAUCAGAAGACAAAGGAUGCGAGCAUGAAUUCCAUACUAUAUGGCAACAGAGCUCAGGUGAAUCUGCUCCUUGGAAACUACAGGCGAGCAAUUGAUGAUGCUGAUGAAGCUGUCAAGCUCAAUCCAUCAAACGUUAAGGCUUUUUAUCGUGGAGCGAAGGCUGCACUUUCUCUUGGAUUAUGGCCUAAGGUAGCCGAGCUAUGUUCUGAGGGUCUCAAUGUAGAACCUGCAAAUAAGGAGCUUCAAAGUAUGAAAAAGCAGGUUGAAGAGAAGCAAGCAGCAGCGGCCGAGUCUAAACGACGUGCAUUAGAGAUCAAAUCCAAGGCUGAGGCUCUGGUUUUGGCUUUAGAGAAAAGAAAACUUCGACUGGGCCAGUCGAAGUACAGACAACACACUGGCCUCCGUAGACCAUCGCUGGAUAGGAGUGGUAUUCUUCACUGGCCUGUCCUCUUCCUCUACGGAGAAUAUAUGACCAGUGAUCUUAUCGAAGACUUUCCAGAAACUGACAUGUUUAAACCUCACUUGGAAACAAUGUUUGGAAAUAAUGCUCCUCGCUUGACAUGGGACACAGCGAACGCUUACAAGAGGGAUCGGAUAGAGUUAUAUUAUCAGACUCAUGUUGGACCAGUUUUAUCGAAAAAGCAACUGCUGACGUCACUGAUGGAGGGUGAGGUGGGCCUGGAAGGACUAGACCUGGACGGCGGUGGUGAAGACACAGCUCAUGCAGAUAGUGGUGAACGUCGGUGGGUGAAAGUGCAGGAGCGGACGACCCUGCACGAAGUAAUUGCACAACCUAAGCACAUCAUACCAGGAAUUCCAGUCUUCUACGUGGUGGCAACCGGCACGAGCUUUCGAGAGAAGUUUUUGAAAGAAUGGUCUCCCCCAUAAAACUGUCAACUCCAUUUUCGCAUUACGAACUUCUUAUGGUCGAGUAUGCUUGAUAGGAGUCACAAUUUUGCAGCAACGAAGAAUAAUUGGCUAGCAUCUACCAGUCGUGAACAACUUUGAGUAUCCUUAACAUCCCAAGUAAUCAUUUGAAAUUGGAACUUGGAAAGAGGCUAGACUGGUGCUACGAAGAGAAAUUUGUGAGAGCGUGGAUAGGGAGUCAAUAGUUGAUUGUCCAAAUGAGGGAUAGAUAUUUACCGGCGAGCUAGAAAGGAAAAGGUUGAAACUCCACUGUGCCAAUGGAGGAAUUUUGUCUGCACUACAAUCUCGGUACCUGUUAGGCUGUUGUGUUAGCAACAUUCUCAGGAUCCGUUAAGUUACUUCAUCUUCUUCUGUAAUUCUCUCAAAAUCUUUUCAAUGUAAUUACCCUGCUCCGAU